CAGAGGCAGGUGGCGACGGGUCGUGCGUCGAGUGCCGCGCUGGUCAGUGUCAGUUGCGCUCGCACGGACCCGCUGGACGGACGUCUCUGCCAUGGCGCUCGGCUCAAGAGGAGGGGACGUGGCCGCCGAGAAGGCCGCCAGUCUGGAGCGGGUCACAGUGGAGCCGGCGGCGGCGGCGGCGGCUGAGGAGAGUGCCGCCCCGGCGCGCCGGUCCUGCUGUCCGCUGGGCCGGGUGCUGACACUGCUCACACUGGCCGCCUGCUGUCUCUGUCUGGGUUUUGUGGAGCUGCACCGGCUGCGACAAGGCGCCGAGCUGCAGAGGCAGCUGGCGCAGCUGCAGAUGAGGCUCGACCGGCUCGAGAGCGAGGCGCCCGACGGGCCGCGGCUCGACGAGGCGACAGACGUCGGCGGCGACGAAUCGGCCCUCCUCCGCUCGCGACGGUCGGUGGGAGACCCACUGCGCACCAUCGACGGCGUGCCCAUCCUUGACGAGCCGUACGGUCUCCGGAGUGGGACCCCCAGCCAGGGCCUUAGUCUGUACGGCACCCUCCAGGCGCAGCGCGAGGGACCACCGCCGACCGAUGACCCCCAGGUCGACGACCCCUCCAUCCGGGCCCACCACAGAAGCAGUGCCGCAUACCAGGUGCGGUUCGGCCGGGUCAACACGGACGCGCCCGCGGCCUCCGGCGACGACAGGUCACCGGGCGGCGCCGCGUCGGGCCCGACAGGUCGGCGCGCCGUCGCGCCCGGCGAGCUGCACCGCCGCUCCCGGGUAAGAAACACGAGUCGCGAGCGAGGCGAGGGAGCCGGAGCGAAGGCGUACGAGCUGACCCGAGCGGCCGCUGGCGGGCGCCGCUCCGAGGGGGGCGGCCGGGCCAACGAAACUGGGAAUCGACAGGCGGCGCCAGUCCUGGAAGCGCGCGGCUCGCCCACCGCCUUCGUGCCCGGCCUGCACGGAGGAGCGAAGCCGCACCAGCAGCAGGCGGCGACCGGCUGCGUCGCUGCGCACUUCGAGGGACACGUGUCACAGCUCAGCCGCAAGACGUCCUCCUAUGGCGGUAGUGAAGGGAACGGCCGGCUGAGGAACGCCAACCCCGACGGCAUGUUCGCCGACUGGCGGCCUGCCGACUGGAUGGAAGAACAGCGGUGUGACGAGAGCUUCCAGCUGUACGGUGGCCAGGUCACCGUCACAACGCCGGGGCUCUACUAUUUGUAUGCACAGAUAAACUAUUUAGAAGACAACGACAUCAACGCGUUCGAGAUCCAGGUGAACGCCCGCUCCGUGGCCAAGUGCAUCGCAAUGGAGGCCAGCGACCUCGAGGAGAAGAUCAACACAUGUCACACGGGCGCCGUCACCUACCUAGGGCCGGGCGACGCCGUGAGCAUCCGGGACCUGGAGCCGAACCGGUACUCGAUCCUGCUCUGGGACCGCAGCUUCUUCGGCCUGGUGCGGCUCUCCUCAUCAGGGUGAGCGGCCGCCGGUCACCGCCGGGGUCACUCGGGCAUCCUCCGGCCAGCAGGGGCCGGCGCGGCGCCCGCGCAGCGCUGCUGUCCAUCCCACCCGACCGGGAGACGGCCGGGACCUGUCCGGACGUGUGCGGCCGCGAAGCCAUCGACUGUUACGUCACUGACGCUCACCGACGGCGGCGGCUGGACCCGGAC